AUGUAUCCCCAACGCACCCAGCACCAACAACGUUUGACAGAGUUGUUGGAUGCAAUCAAAACUGAAUUCGACUACGCCUCAAACGAAGCAAGCAGUUUCAAAAAGGUCCAAGAAGAUUAUGACUCAAAGUACCAACAACAAGCUGCCGAAAUGCAACAAAUCCGCCAAACAGUGUAUGACUUGGAGUUGGCCCAUAGAAAAAUCAAAGAGGCAUACGAGGAAGAGAUAUUGAGGUUAAAGAACGAGUUGGACACUAGAGACAGGCAAAUGAAGAAUGGCUUCCAACAACAACAGCAACAGCAACAACAGCAACAACAACAGCAACAGCAGCAACAACAACAGAUUGUGGCACCACCUGCCGCCCCACCUGCUCCACCAACCCCGGUCACAUCAUUAUCGGUUAUCGACAAGUCACAAUACAUUGUCAACCCCACCCAAAGAGCUAACCACGUCAAGGAAAUCCCACCAUUCUUGCAAGAUUUAGACAUUGCCAAAGCCAACCCCGAGUUCAAGAAACAGCACCUCGAAUACUAUGUGUUGUACAACCCAGCGUUCUCCAAAGACUUGGAUAUUGACAUGGUCCACUCCUUAGACCACUCGUCAGUUGUUUGCUGCGUGAGAUUUUCCAGAGACGGCAAGUUCAUCGCCACCGGUUGCAACAAAACCACCCAAGUGUUCAAUGUCACCACCGGAGAGUUGGUCGCCAAAUUGAUUGACGAGUCCUCCAACGAAAACAAAGACGACAACACCACCGCCUCAGGCGACUUGUACAUCAGAUCUGUGUGUUUCUCCCCUGACGGAAAACUCUUGGCGACAGGUGCAGAAGACAAGUUGAUUAGAAUCUGGGAUUUGAGCACAAAGAGAAUUAUCAAAAUCUUGAGGGGCCACGAACAAGACAUUUACUCGUUAGACUUUUUCCCUGAUGGCGAUAGGUUGGUUUCAGGCUCCGGCGAUAGGUCAGUCAGAAUCUGGGACUUGAGAACCUCCCAGUGUUCCUUGACUUUGUCGAUCGAAGACGGCGUCACCACCGUGGCCGUCUCCCCCGACGGCAAACUCAUUGCUGCCGGCUCAUUAGAUAGAACCGUUAGAGUGUGGGACUCAACUACCGGGUUCUUGGUCGAACGCUUAGACUCCGGCAACGAAAACGGCAAUGGCCACGAAGAUUCAGUCUACUCUGUCGCCUUCUCCAACAACGGCGAACAAAUCGCUUCCGGGUCCUUAGACAGAACCGUCAAGUUGUGGCACUUGGAAGGCAAGUCCGACAAAAAGUCGACCUGCGAGGUAACCUACAUUGGCCACAAGGACUUUGUUUUGUCGGUCUGCUGUACCCCCGACAACGAGUACAUUUUGUCGGGCUCAAAGGACCGUGGUGUCAUUUUCUGGGACCAAGCUUCAGGUAACCCAUUGUUGAUGUUGCAGGGCCACCGCAACUCGGUCAUCUCAGUCGCUGUAUCCCUAAACUCAAAGGGAACCGAAGGUAUCUUCGCUACAGGUAGUGGCGAUUGUAAAGCCAGAAUUUGGAAAUGGACCAAAAAAUAA